AUGGCCCUCUACACCCAGAUCUGGGCCUUGACUGAAAAGACGCUCAGGAUCAUCGUCACGCGGCACAUCGCCUCGGCCAUCCACAGCGCCCUCGUUCUUCCCAUCAUCCUCACGCUCUAUAUCGGCAUUGGCGAAAAGUUCACUCAGCCCAACGACAAGUUUGGCAUUGGCUCUCCGGCCAACAUUCUUUCUCUCGAAGCUGCCCUCUCCAAGGCUAACGGAGGCCGAGACACCGUCGUCUUUGUCAACAGCGGCCACACUGGCGGUGACAUAGAGCGCAUCAUCAACUCACUCUCUGAUACCGUCAAGGGAGCGGGCAAGAAUGCAACAACGAUCCAAGACGAAUCCGAUUUGGGAUACAUCUGCCGGGGAACUAUCCGCGGCACGUCCGACUGCUACGGUGCUGUGGUGUUUUACUCCUCUCCUGACGAAGGCAGCGAUGGCUUCUGGAACUACACCUUGCGUGCUGAUGCCGGUCUUGGGAACAGCUUUCGGACGGACAAGGGCAACAACGACGCUCAGAUAUACGCGCUGCCACUCCAGCGAGCCGUUGACGCUGCCAUUGCCGGCCUCAAGCCAGGGUCCUCUUUUCCCGAAACGACGCAGCAGUACCCCUAUACCGAACUGACCGAGGACGAACAUCAAGCUGAGGUGCGGCGGAAGUACCAAAGUUCAUUCAUCAAAUACCUCAGUGUGACCUUGAUCAUUGGCCUGAUCGGAGUGUGCUACCACAUGCCUGGCUUCAUUGCUACGGAGAGGGAAAAGGGCAUGUCCCAGCUGAUCGAUGCCAUGAUGCCCACUCGCCAAGGCUGGCAUCGCCAGUUCGCCAGGCUCAUUUCCAAUCACCACGCCUUUGUCAUCACCUACAUGCCAGGUUGGAUUGUCGCUUCGAUUGUCGCAAGAACCCUCAUCUGGACAAACACGAGCUUUGGCAUCUUGAUCGUAUUCUUCAUUCUCGGCGGCGUUGCCAUAACUUCCAUGUCGCUUCUCGGAGCAUCGUUCUUCAGAAAGGCUCAGCUUUCAGGGGUUGUCACGUCUGUCACCUGGAUCGCUCUCAGCAUCGUGGCCCAGGUCGUUCCGCACCCCAGCACUGCGGCCGUCGCGAUACUCAGCUUGCUCUUUACUCCAUGCAACUUCGUCUACUUCGUCAUCUACAUUGCUCGGUUCGAACAAGAUGCCAAGGCAACCGACUUGAUACACGCACCUUCGAGUGGCACCUCCAGGCUGCCCGGUAUUGUCCACUGGAUCUUUUUCAUCAUACAAAUCAUUGUGUAUCCUCUUGCGGCUGCAUUCAUCGAGCAGACUUUACAUGGUGUGAGUACGGGCACACGAGCAUCAACAGCCCUCCAGAACUCGACCGGCGGCGUUCAAGAAACAGUCCGCAUCGAAAACAUGACCAAGAUCUACAAGCCAAGCUUGCUACGCAAAUUCUUCUCCUUCGUCUCGCCACCACGGCCCGAGGUAGUCGCUGUGGAUAACUUGACCUUGACGGCCAAAAGGGGGGAAAUCCUCGCACUGCUCGGUGCCAAUGGCAGCGGCAAAAGUACCACGCUUGAUGCAAUUGCUGGUAUCAAUGACUUUACGAGUGGAAACAUUUCUGUUGAUACGUCUGGUGGCCUUGGAUAUGCCCCGCAGCAAAACGUCCUUUGGGACGAGCUGACCGUCGAGGAACACAUCCGGCUCUUCAGUCGUAUUAAGAACCCCCUCAACAAGACGCCGGACACGGAAAUUGCAGCGCUGAUUGAUGCUAUUGGGCUUCGCGCAAAGGCAAAUGCUUGGUCAAAGACUCUGUCUGGCGGCCAAAAGAGAAAGCUGCAGCUGGGGAUGAUGUUGGUUGGCGGAAGCUCUGUCUGCUGUGUUGAUGAGGUCUCUUCUGGUAUCGAUCCCCUAUCGCGCAGGAAGAUAUGGGACAUUCUCCUGAAAGAGCGUGGCUCGCGAACGAUCAUCAUGACGACCCAUUUCCUCGAUGAAGCAGACUUGCUUGCCGACAACAUCGCCAUCAUGUCCAAAGGAAAGCUGAGGGCGGAGGGCUCUUCUGCUCAACUCAAGGACACUUACGGUGCGGGUUACCGUAUCCAUGUUCUGAACCCGAAGAGCUUGAAUGAAAUGCCCGAUAUCGAAGGCGUUACGAAGAAGGUUGGCACAAACAAUGUGACUUACCUGUCGUCGUCUUCGGACCAGGCUGCCAAAGUGAUUCGGAUCCUGGAAGCUCAGGGCCUCCCUUACCAAAUCUCUAGCCCUACAAUUGAGGACGUCUUUCUUCACUUGGCUGAGGAGGUCCACGGCGAUGGCUCCCAGAGGCAACCUACUGUCGUCACCGAAAAGGUUUCCAAGCUUGCAAGCGAUACACCCAUGGCCAGCGAGAACAUGGCACUACUCACAGGGCGGCAGAUUGGCAUGAUCCAACAGACAGGCGUGCUUUUGAGAAAGCGUUUUACAGUCUUCAAGACGAACUGGCUUCCUUAUGCCGCGGCCUUCUUGGUCCCCAUUGUCGCCGCCGCGGUGAUACAACUCCUUGUUCGCAACGAUGAGCUGGUUGGCUGUUCGCCCAUUCAGAGGAGCAGCCAUGCAUCAAACGAUGAUCUCUUCGAGCUCUUGGAUACUGCCCAUCUUGUGGGUGGCCCAUCGUCCCAGGUCGGCUCCUCCGCUGUGGCAGACUUAUUCAAGCCAGUUCUACCCAGCUCAGCAACCUCCCGGAGCCGUGACAAUUCUGCUUCCUUUGGCAACAUCACCGUUGAUCUCGUGGAUUCACUCUCUUCUAUGGAGAACUUCGUUGAGGAACACCGGAGAACCAUCACGCCUGCCGGUCUAUGGCUUGGCGACUCCAACUCGGCGCCAAUGCUUGCCUUCAAGACAGACAAUUCCUCCAUGUAUUCGGCGGUCAUAGGCCAGAACUUUCUCAACACGAUCCUCGCCAAUACCACCAUCGCAACUUCGUAUCGAGAGUUUGAUUACCCCGUGGCUCCGUCGACGGGUAGGGGACUUCAGCUCGUUGUCUAUUUUGCCGUUGCUUGUUCCAUCUUCCCCGGUCUGUUUGGUCUGUAUCCCAAUAUCGAGAGGCUCAAGAAUGUUCGCAGUCUGCAAUACUCCAGCGGUGUUCGUACCCUACCGGUCUGGGUGGCACACGUCAUCUUCGACUUUGGCAUCAUCUUGAUCCCCAUGAUCUUGUUGGCCACGAUCUUGGUCGUAUCUUCAGAUUCGUGGUAUCACGGAGGCUACCUAUUUCCCAUCUUCAUCUUUUACGGUCUAACAACAAUCAUCGUCUCGUACCUCUUUUCUCUUCUUUGCGCAAGCCCCAUGGCAACCUAUGCCAUGACUUCCGUCGUUCAAUCAAUCGGUUUCGCAGUCUACGUUAUCGCAUACCUCUUCAUCCUAACCUUGUCGCCAGCCGCAUACACCGAUCGAAACGUCCUCAUAGCACAUUGGCUCAUUGCCGCCAUCUUCCCAACGGGCUCGCUCGUUCGAGCAUUGAUGGUCGGCCAGAACAUCUUCUCGACGACAUGCGACAACGACCGACUCCAACCAAACCCUGCAGCAAUGACGGCCUACGGCGGUCCUCUGCUAUACCUCAUCUUGCAAGCCGUCUUCUGGUUUUCCAUCGUUGUCUGGAUCGAAAGUGGCGCCGGUCGAUACACCCCUGAAAAGGCAAAGCCCUCCCCGGAAGUUGACGAUCCCGAAAUCACAGAAGAGCUCGUCCGCGUCGACAACCCAGACGGCCCAUCCGACGGUCUCCGCGUCGUGCACCUAACCAAGGCCUUUGGCAAGAACACGGCCGUCGACAACGUCACUUUUGGCGUCGACCACGGCGAAGUCUUCGCCCUGCUCGGCCCCAACGGCGCAGGCAAGUCCACCACCAUCUCCCUGAUCCGCGGCGACAUGGCGCCGAGCCGCAACGGCGGCGACGUCUUUGUCGAAGGCGUCUCCAUCACCAAGCGCCGCGCCGCCGCCAGGGCCAAGCUGGGCGUGUGCCCGCAGUUCGACGCCAUCGACAACAUGACAGUCCGCGAGCACCUGAGCCACUACUCGCGCCUGCGCGGCAUCCCCGACGUCGUCAACCACCAGGUGCCCGCCGUGCUCCGGGCCGUCGGCCUCGAAGCCUACGCGGACGUCAUGGCGCACACCCUCUCGGGCGGCAACAAGCGCAAGCUCUCCCUCGGCAUCGCCCUCACCGGCAACCCGCCCGUGAUCCUGCUCGACGAGCCCUCCUCGGGCCUCGACGCCGCCGCCAAGCGCAUCAUGUGGCGCACCCUCGAGGCCAUCGUCCCCGGCCGCAGCAUCCUCCUCACCACGCACAGCAUGGAGGAGGCCGACGCGCUGGCCACCCGCGCCGGCAUCAUGGCCCGCCGCAUGCUCGCCCUCGGUUCGACAGACACCCUGCGCCACCGCUUCGGCGACACCCUCCACGUCCACCUCGUCGCCGCCACCGCGCCCCAUUCGUCCGCCGCGGAAAUGGAUGCCCUUCGCGCGUGGGUGCUGAACAAUUUCCCUGGAGCAGAGGUCGAGCACGAGACGUACCAUGGCCAGAUGCGCUUCUCGAUGCCUUCGUCUGCGGUGCCGCCGCUGCCGGUGGGCGCGGGAGCCGGAGCCGGAGCGGCGGAUGCGAGUGAGAGUGCGAGGGGGCGGCUCUUGAUCAUGCUGGAGGAGCAGAAGGGGUAUCUUGGUGUUGCUCACUAUAGCGUCAGUCCGACAACGCUCAACGAGGUUUUCCUAAACAUUGUUGGGAAGCAUGAUGUUCAAGAAGAGGGUUAUAAUCCGGCCGACGGAGAGAAGAAACCAUGGUGGAAGUCGUCCAUCAAGCUGUUCUAG